AUGACGGUGGUAUUUAACGUGUCCGUGGAGCUUUCGACAUGUCUGUUAGGAGUCCGUCACUUCUCCCUAAAGCCGGUGGGCCUUCAGGACAGCUUGGAGGUGAACCUGGAGUCUCUCUGCUCCUGUGACUGCCAGCAGCCUCCCAUGACCAACAGCAGUCAAUGCACCGAGGGUCAGGGGGUUUUCCACUGUGGCGUGUGCGCGUGUCACCCAGGCUUUCUUGGAGCCCAGUGUGAAUGCAAUGACGAGAGUGUUUUGUUAAGUAACUGCCUCGCCACCAAUGACUCUGAAGUAUGCAACGGUCAGGGGGACUGUUACUGCGGGAAGUGUGUGUGUCACGCAUCCAACUUUGGACGCAUCUAUGGUCCUUACUGUGAGUGUGACAAUUACUCCUGUGUUCGUUUCCGGGGGGAGCUCUGUGGAGGUCAUGGAGUGUGCGACUGUGGGGAGUGUCGCUGUGAAAGCGGUUGGACGGGGGAAUACUGUAACUGCAGCAGCAGCAUCGAGGCGUGCGUGACGGAGGACGGCGGCCUCUGCAGCGGCAGGGGCAAAUGCAAGUGUGGCCAGUGUGUGUGCUCUGCUCCUGGAGCCUCUGGGAACAAAUGUGAAAGGUGCCCCACAUGUGGAGAGUCCUGUAGUGCUGCAAAACCUUGUGUGGAGUGCCAUCUUCAAGACAAACAGGAUUCUGAGUCAUGCGCUCAAAAGUGCAACACUGCUCAAAUCUCUAUCGACUCCACAGCAGGCUAA